AGUGCUUUAUUGUGACCUUGUUCCCCGUUCCUGAGAGACAACUGAAAUCAUCAUCGAAGUCCAUAUAAAGUCAAGGGCUUAAUGAACCAACAUGUUCGGGCAUCUCCUCAGAAGAAUACAUUCAUCUCCUGUUGCACUCUUACUUCUUAAGAGACAUGCUUCUUGGACACAGGGAGAAGGACCAAACUACUCAAAAAAUCUGAUUGCUUUAGGAAUUGCAACUGCUGGUGGUGUUAUGUUUGCUUUUGUGAGUUAAGACUGGUUUUCUAUGGUUGCAGUAUAAAAGGCCAUUUUACAGUUAUUGAUGCAGCUGGUUCUCAUUAAGUUUUAAAGUAGACAGCUAGGAUGUAAAAGUAGGUGGCUUGGUAACUGAGUGCUGUAGGCAAUUUCAGGGUUUCAUGCUCACUCUACCCUAUUUCCCCAAAAAAGUGGGCAGGUGAAACCUCCAAGCAGCCGGUUUUUGAGCCAGCUGCUGGCACUUUUAAGAUAAGCACCCUGUAGAUAGAAACAAGGCUGUGGAGUUGACCUUAUUUUGAUACUACUUAUCCCGCUUUCUUAUGUAAAUAAUGUUUUUCUUAUGCUAACUAGUAUUUUUCAAACAUGCAGGGUGUUCAUAAGGCAUCGGAGAUCUGAGAUUGGAGAAGUCUUUUUUUAAUACACAGAAUUCUCCAGCUAAUGUUUGGUAGCUUAUUCUUAAUGAAAACCUGACCUGAGCAUGAUUUCCAUAAGAAAACAAAGGAGGUUUGUAUCAAAAGAAGGUCAACCUCAGCCUCACAUUCACUCAAAGGCUAGGGUACUAAGUCCUCAACUGUAAAAUGGUCUAUUGCCUUAAUUGCUAGCCUGCAAAGCAGGCAUAUUUUGGAGCGCGAUCCAUGAUUUGUUUUUGGGAAGGACGUUAUCCUGCCAUCUUGGACGUUAAUACUACCAAAGAGUUGGGAUGAGUCAAAAACUGAUUUUAAGGGAGAGGUUUAAUAGUUUAAAACAGUUCAGCUAACUCAACCAUCUUUGCAACUGCUAAAGAUUGAGGUUUUAUUUGAAUAGUCACACCACAGGAUUUCAUCCACUGACUAAAAAGUUUGAGCUAUGUACACAUCCAAAACAAAUGGUACCAUGUGAAAGAACUGCUGAAGAGGUUUCAUUUGAAUGGUGGCACCAGAAGAUUUCAUCCUCAGACUUAAAAAUGAGAACUAAGUGCAAUAAAAAUAGACAUACCGUAUGAAAGUUUUGAUAAAAAUGUUCUUUUUGAUUCAAAAGUUAAAAUGACAUGACAUGUAUUCAUGGCUCUGCGAGUAAAAGCAUGACCCAACUAUUAAAUAGUUUUAUUAUGUAAACACCAAUGAAGGUGAUGAAGGUGAACUUUUUGAGCGAAAACAUGAUAUCUUCACAUGUGAAAAGAUCACAAUUGCUGUGGCUACAUAAUAAAUCGCACCUUUCACUGUAACCAAAAACUAUUAAUGUAAAAUGGUUUGGUAUUUCAUUGGUGUUUAUUUAGUAGGACAUUAAAUGACCACUUGAAGAUACAAAAUUUGUCUUCUCAUUUUGAAGAAUAUCUCACUUGUUUGGUCUGCUCACUCCUGAAAUAUUUUUCAACACUGAAAGAGAAGUUUCAUAUCUCUGUGUGCAAAUUAUGUAAUAUCUUCUUUUUAAUUAUGUUAUUUUUCCAGGGGUAUCAGAAAUGGAAACUUGACAAGGACUUUGAAGUUGAAUCCAAAUGAGGAUAGUUCGUACACUGAACUUGCUGUCAAGGGCUCAAAAUGUACCUUUGUGAAAAUGAUAACUGCUGUUACAGAUAUAGUGUACCUAACAAUGACU